AUGGUUGAGCGAUGGAGGCUGGAGACACAUACAUUCCAUCUUCGCACCGGUGAGGCCACAAUUACACUUCAGGAUGUGGAGGUCCUCUUUGGAUUGCGAGUAGAUAGAGAGCCAUUAUACACUCGGUACGAGCCUCCUUCUGAUAGUACAUGGGUGAUGGAGUUAACUAGGCUCACCGACUUCGUGCCUGAUGCCGAGGGCCAGAUCUCGGGACAGAGUCGGGUUCAGGUUAGUGCACUCUGCACUUAUUUGGAGGCAGAGCCUCCUGUUGAGGACGGCACCCAGCAGGACGUUGUUGAUCAUCAUGCCGCUAUUUAUUCAAGGGCAUGUUGUUAUUCAAGGGCAUUUGUUAGUUUACGAUAUUUGGUCUUCUUGGAGCAUCUGGAUAUCUUAGGAGACUACAGCUGGGGCGGUGUUGUUUUGGCGUACCUUUACAGAUACCUAUGCCAAGCAUCUAUUGGUGCUGUCAGGGAUGUGUGUGGAUUUUUUAUUCUUUUUCAGGUAAUAUUUUAA